CCUUCGUAGAAGUUUUCUCCUUCCUCUUUUUUUACUUUCUUUGUCAUAGUCAUGAAAAGGAAGCGGCAGAAGUCGUAAAUUUCCUCUGCUGUACUCUAUAGCCCACAGUAAUUCAGGUUGGAGACUUGUUCAUUCGUGUCGGGCAACUCUUUGAGCGGAAUGUUUGGUGAGAUAAGAGGAACGUUUGAAUUAUGUCUUUAGUUAUUAAGCUAACGGUAUACUUGAAACUGAAACGGCUUGACGGUUGGCUCAACUGAACUGUGAAACUUAAAACAUCGGACUUGUGUAAAUUACCGUUAGGAAUCCUCUUUAGGCAUGCUUCCUGUAUUGUUACUAAACUGAAAUGAUCCGGAAAUUUGGCCAUAAUGUUCCAUCAGCUAGCCAUAUUUUGUAAUUUCUCCCUCUGUACAAACCACACCCCUCCACACCUCAGCCAUAGACUGCACACUGACUUCCUGUCUGUUUCUGUGAAGGCUUUCAAUAAAUAUUCAGUUGACUUUCCAAACUCCCCUGCUAGGAUGAAUCAAGAGAAACGGGCAUGUGAAUAGAAUUUCACGCUGGGCUUCUCUCCAACCAGUUUGGAAGAGUGUCCCAAUUCGGAGAAGAUGACUUCAAAAGUGAAGAUACUCCUCCUAAUGUGUGUGGCUGGAGUCUUUGUCUUCAUAAGAGUUUACAACAUACAAUGCUGCACAGGGCAGGAAGAAAGUUUGCCCGUCUGUUCCUGUGACAGCUGUCUAUUGGAAGAGAAGGAUUGGUUUUCGAAACGAUUCCAAAAAUCCAUGGUCCCAUUUUUGUCAGCAAAGUACAGUCUCCCAAUGGACGCUUUCAACUGGUGGAAGCGUUUACAGAUUGAAAAACGCAGCUAUGACGUCUUCAAUAAAACAGUCAAUAGACUGUUUCAGAUGUUCCCACCCAAUCCGGAUAGAUUCACAUCCAACCCUGACCAAUGCAGGACGUGUGCUGUGGUAGGGAAUUCUGGCAACCUGAAGGGAUCCCGUUAUGGUCGUCUGAUAGACUUCCACGAUGUCAUCAUAAGAAUGAACAGCGCUAAAGUUGCAGGCUUUGAAGCAGAUGUCGGCACAAGGACAACGCAUCACGUCAUGUAUCCAGAGAGUGCCAUAGACUUGGCCAACAACACUCAUCUUGUGCUGUUUCCUUUCAAGAUAAUGGAUCUAGAGUGGCUGGAGAAGGCCUUUACCACAGGAUUUCAUGGACGCUCCUAUAUGCCAAUAAGAUCUAAGGUUAAGGCUAACAAGGAUUUGGUGAUGAUUAUCAACCCUGCCUUUAUGAAGUAUGUUCAUGAAAUAUGGUUGAAUAAGAAAGGCGGAUAUUCUUCCACUGGAUUCAUGGCAUUGAUCAUGGCCUUACAUAUCUGUGAUGAGGUCCAUGUGUUUGGUUUUGGAGCUGACAAAGAUGGAAACUGGAGUCAUUACUGGGAACCACUCAGAAACAAAAAAUUAGGAACUGGAUUGCAUCCAGGAACUCAUGAGUAUAACACUGUCCUGCAACUGGCAAGGCAACUUAAAAUCAAGUUUUAUUUGGGGCGGUGAUAUGUCUUGUCAACAAAUAGAGAAUUCAGUUCUUUUAAAUGUAUUUAUUCUCAUUUGAUGGAGGGCUGCAGGGUGGUCCAGUUAGCACUGUUGCCUCACAGUAAGAGUGUGUUGAAUCCCAUGUUGUACAAGCAUUCCUGUGUGGAGUCUGCAAGUGUUCCCUGUACAGUACUGAGUCCUCACAGGGUACUCUGGCCUCCUCCCAUAGACUGUAAAGACAAGUUCAUUGGUUGGAAUAUAAGGAUAAAUUUGUGUCUUUCUUUGGUGUCCAAGUUGUUAUUGACUGGUCACCCACCUGGUCAAUUCUGUCCAUCGUCUAAAAACUUCUACGUUCCAGCCCUUCUCCAUGACCCCCAAUGGGACAAGUGGUAUAGAUGAUGGAUGGAAACCGAUGGACACAGCUGAUCCAACAAAGUAUUCAGAAAAAUCACAAACAACCAUACAACACACAUUCAGAUUCCAACAGAAAUAUUUUUGCCACUUCAUCGUAAGAUAACAGGUGGAGUAGAAUUUAUUUUCUGUGUUGGGUCGUUUGUAGGUAAAGUUGAAUUCAGACCAAAGAUUCACGACCAGAUGAUUUGAAACUUCUUGCAAUGGGACCUCUGUUAAAAAAAAAGCCAGUGAAUUUGUGUGAUUUCAAUUGGGUGAGACGAUGUACAGUUUCCAUAGAAAAUGACCCUAUAAUUAGCUUCCACUUCCACUUUUCAUUCCUGUCCUGAAGCUGUAUAACUCGAUGAUACAAUAUAAAUCAGGACAGUAUGACUAGCUACUGUUCAAAUUCCAUUGCCAAAGAAGUAAUACAUAAAAAGUGAGAUGAUUCUGGCUUUGGAGCCAUCUCUAGAUGCCUUAAUCCAAUACUUGGAGAACUUCACCAGAAAUGCAUUAAUUAUUAUUAAUAUAUUACUCAGUGAUUGUUUCCUACAUAGCCUAUUUUGUAGAACUGUGGGGAUCUACCUUUGAAACAACCUCAAAUUCAAUAGUCAUUCUGCAGAAAUGGGCUAUACAUAUAUCAGUAAGGUCAGUUAUUAUUAUCGUGAUCCACUCUUUCUGAAUGGAGUCUAUGAAGUUUAAUGACUCAUUUUAUUAUAUGCAAACUGUAUGCAAAUGCACUAUCAUGCACAUGUUUAUAUGUUUUCAGUGUGAGUGUGAGCCUUGAAAACCUGUGUGCCUUGUGUUUAUGCAUGCAUAUGUAUGAGGGUUAACUCUCCACUUGCACACGUACAGUGGGCACAUAAAAAAGCCAUUUUUAGGUUUGUAAGUUUGAUUGAUUUACCUGUUUUCUUUCCAUUUCUGGAUGCUGGUAACUUAAUUUGAAAAGAGAGCUGUAGAGGCUUUUCUAAGCAUUUUGCUUCUGUCUGUCUUUUCAGUCACUGCUCAGUUUUUUACUGUUUACUUUGUUUUAAACUGUCUAUACAGUGUGAGCUUGUCUGAUGACUGAAUAAACUUUUAUCACUAUUACUACUAACCUACGCCAAAUCAUGCCAUGAACUUGAGGUCAGUAAUAUCCUAUAUUUCGCCAGUUUUACUUGGUUAUUCUAGGAGCAGCGUCAUUGUUUAGAGGAAUUUGUGUUGCCUUUAAUAAGCAGAAUACAGGGACUGCUAUUUCUUGGUGAUAAUUAGACUGAAUAAGAAAAUAAUAAUUCCCAUGUAAACCCAGAAGCUUUGCACUGUGAGAAAGAGCAUUUAGUCACUUGUUCAAGUAACUUUAAAACCUUGUGUCAAAGACUGGCCUUCUCCAGUAACAAGAUUCUCCAUUAAUCUACUCUGUCCUCAUCCCAAACUCUGUCAUUGCAGCCAGUUGACUCUUAGCAACUGUUUAAAUUCCUCUUCAAGCUCUGAGGCGCUGAUUGAUUGUUGAAAUUGGCAGCUUGACAAACUGUAUUAAAGGAAGCGUAACGUGUUUUUUAAGUACAAUAUCCACACCUUAGAGUAUAGAUGGGCAUAUGUCAUUGUUUCGUUCUUGUAAUGUUUGUAUAACUCUCCUCAGCUCAACUAUCAGGCAAAUGCACUUAUUUGUUACCGUUUCUUUUUACAACUAGAAGAAAAAGAGUGUAAAAUAAUUUGAAAAUCAUGUUUAUUUAUCGUUGUAUAUUCUAUGUAAUGCGUGCUGCAGAAUGCGACUUAUUUUUCUUUAACUCAAGAAGCCUUUACCCUUUUUAUGUGAAUCAAAAUCUGUGCCAAAAUGUUUUUAUUUUUUAAUUUGCCACUGUAAUAAAUGAUUUGCACUGAA